AUGCUUGAGCAAACUAUCUUCCGUCAAGUCGAUAACAUCGCCAAGCGAUUUUCUGAGUCUCCCGACGUGUCAGACGAAGAUAAGCAGAAAUACAAGGCUGCCGCUAAGAAGUUUCGACUUCCAUACUGGGAUUAUUAUCGUCCCAGAGGGGGGCCGGUCACCUUCUCAGGAGUAGUUAACGGCAACACAACAACAUCUCCAUAUGAUUUUCAUGCCCCGAGGAUCUUUACGAAGAAGAGGGUCAUGGUCAAGCGUCUCCCCGACAACAAGCUCAUUGAGAUGCCCAACCCGUUUUUUCAAUUCGAAUUUGACGAGAGCGGCUCGAACAGAAUUGACUGGACAUUUUCUCAGCUCGAUCACGAGAAGCUGCCCGACGCCAAGAAGCGAACAUGUCGUCACGGAGGCUCCGAACCGUACAAUACCAGCUUACUUAACACAAGGCUGAAUGAAGUGCGAGAAGAUCAGACGCGCGCCUGUCUUGCCAUGAUCGAGGAUAAGGUCUAUAGUGGAUUUGCAGGAGACCCGGGGAACCGUGUAAAAGUUGGACACAUGAGCAGCGUUCCUGUGGCGGGAUUUGAUCCCAUCUUCUGGAUCCAUCAUUGUCAAAUUGAUAGAAUCUUCGCUAUCUGGCAGGCUGCUAAUAGCGGCGAUGACGACAAGCAUUGGUUCAAUGAGUUGCCAGGUGCGGAACACCAAGCUUUGGGCGGCGCAAGCCUCCACCCAUUCCGCAAGUGGCCUAUCAAGCCGGCCAAAGAAGACAGGUAUUGGACUUCUGAUUCAGCCAAGCAUACCGAUACACUCGGAUACACCUAUGCUGAAACUGCCGGUGGAAAGAAAGGUGAUCAAGUUCGUAACGAGUUCACGCGGAAAUAUGGCUGGAGCCGAAGACUCCUUGCCAGUGACGUGAUUGGGGUGCCCCCGAAGGACAUGAUGCCUUUAGGCGUCUCCAAGGCCCAAGUCUUCCGUGGCCUGCCUUCUGAUGAUCUGUUCACGCCUCUGAUACCGCCAUCAAUCCAGCCAAGGACGGAGCAAAAGGUCCUGGCAACAUCAACCCCAUCCUCCAAGUUCUCCCAAGAGUGGUACAUUGAUGUCGUUGUCGAGAGGAUGGCUUUGAAUGGAUCUUACACCAUUUUCUACAUCAUCGGUGACGUUGACGGUCACUCUGGUAUGGAAUGGUCUUCCCUCCCAGGCUUUGUUGGAGUUCCGCAUAUCUUCACUUCGAGCACUGAGGUUUGCGAGAACUGUGCAGACCAAAAGCGCCAAGUUCAACUUGUUACUAGCACAACUCCUAUGACGUCGCUGUUACUCGACUAUGUCAAAAUUCGGCAGUUGGGUAGUCUGAGCCCAGAGCAUGUUGAGCAAUUCCUCAUCGACAAGUUGAAGUGGCGUGUUCAGACUAUUGACGGCAAGAUCAUUGACCCUAGACGCUUGGAUAGAGAUUAUACGAUGAAGCUUGGAAUCAGCCGCAAGAUUGCACCCAUACCCGGGCAGGAUGGGGAGGUUCGGUACACUUUCCAUCCUAAGAUCAUCGACACCAUCAUCAAUAACUCCUCACCUGAAAGUACAACCUUGGCUGCUCAGUAG